AUGAAGUUCGGGAAGAGCAUCUGCGUGCUGAACGUCGGGGGGACCCGCUACGCCUUCACCCGCGACGUGAUCCGGGAUUUCCCUCUGAGGCGCGUCAGCCGCCUCCAUGCGUGCGCCAGCGAGAAGGAAGUCCUGGAACUGUGCGACGACUACGACCGCGAGCGCAACGAGUUCUUCUUCGACCGCCACGCGCAGGCUUUCGUCUUCAUCAUGCUCUACGUGCGCUCCGGUAAACUGCGCUUCGUGCCCGGCGUGUGCGAGUUGUCCUUCUACAGCGAGAUGCUCUACUGGGGCCUGGAGAGCGCGCACUUGGACUCCUGCUGCCAGAAGCGCCUGGACGAGCGGUUGUCCGAAGUCGGGCUGUCCGAGGUCGGACUCUCCGAGCAGGUGGUGGACGUCGCCGCCGUGGAGGACGCACGGAGUCUGGUGGGCGAACCGGUGGCGGUGAUGCAGCUCACCCGGCGCGCCAAGUGGAUGGAGAGGGCGCGCAGGGCGUUCGAGGAGCCCAACUCGUCGCUCGGGGCGCAGCUGCUGGCCACCGUGUCCGUGGUCUUCGUCAUCGUGUCCAUGGUCAUGCUGUGCGCCAGUACGCUGCCCGACUGGGACACUGCAAAGAGAAACACAGUAGAGGAGCACAGGAUAGUGGAGGCCGUCUGCAUCGGCUGGUUCACGGCCGAGUGCAUCCUGCGCUUCCUGGUGGCGCGGGACAAGUGGGACUUCCUCCGGCGGCCGCUCAAUAUCAUCGACGUGGUGGCCAUCACGCCGUACUACGUCACCAUGGCGAUGGCCCGGGCGGGGAUGCCAGGUGCCGGGCUCGGCGUGGCGGGCGUGUUCCUGCGCGUGCUGCGGAUGAUGCGAGUGUUCUGGCUCAUGAAGCUGGCCCGGCACUUCCUGGGCCUGCAGACGCUGGGGCUGACGCUGCGACGCUGCUACCGAGAGAUGGUGAUGCUGAUGGUGUUUGUCUGCGUCGCCAUGGCAAUCUACAGCGCCCUGGCACAGUUGCUGGAGCACGGCUUGGACCUGGGCGCGCGCAACCAGGAUUACGCCAGCAUUCCCGCCGCCGCCUGGUGGGUCAUCAUCUCCAUGACGACGGUAGGCUACGGGGACGUGUACCCCAUCACCGUCGGGGGGCGUGUUCUCGGGGGGAUGUGCGUGGUGAGCGGCAUCGUCCUCCUGGCGCUGCCCAUCACGUUCAUCUACCACAGUUUUGUACAGUGCUACCACGAACUCAGACUGCGCUCGGCCAGGUACGCUCGCAGCCUCUCUACGGAAAUGCUGCACUGA